CGUGUGUUUUUGGCCUAUUUUAUGCCGGGUUGUGCUAUUUUGUCAUGUUUCAGGUUCCAGGUGUAAAAGGGAAGGCUAAGCACGAGUUUCGGGGCAUUCAGAAGUCAUUUCGGUGAAACUGAGCCAAAACACGGGCACACCUAAUUCAUUACACGGCCGUGUUCUCCCAAAGCACGGACGUGUUCUCUCCAAAACACGGUCGUGUUCUGUGGCCGUGUUUUUACUGCCUAGAGCUAAUUCGAGUUUGGCAAACAUGAGCUGAUUACACGGGCUGAAAGCACGGCCGUGUUCUCCCAAAGCACGACCGUGUUCUCUCCAAAGCACGACCGUGUUUCUCCCAAUGAACUGGCCGUGUAAUUAAACCUAGCCAAAGCACGGGCGGGCUGAGGCAUUACACGGCCGUGCCCUCGACCGUGCUUUGGCCACUGAUGCCCUUUUUAAGCAGAUUUUCAGCCAAAAGGAACCAGAGGAGCUGGGUUUUAGAUCCCAAACACCCAAGGGACGAACCAAAGAGAGAGAGGGAGAUUUGAGGGCAUUCUUGGAGUGGAAUUGGAGGAUUUCUUUGCCUUGGAAGCUCGAGGAAGAAGCCCGGACUUGAAGACUGAUCAUUUGGAGAUUCUUACUGCAGUCUCUCUCUUCUCUAUGGAGUAACUUCCCUUCACUUAGGUUUUGAGGAACCCUAGCUAUGUUUGUUUGAUUGGAUGAUUGUAUGAGUACUCUGACUUGAUUAUCUUGAGUUCAUAUUCAAUCUAUGCAUGUUUUCAUGAUUCAAUUCUGCUUUAGUCGAGAUUAUUGAUUCUACUUUGAUCCUAUGAGAGGGAAUACCUGAUUAGGUCAAUAGAGCACCAUAGAUUGAUAGUAGUGGAUCGAUUGCUUUAGUCGAGGGUUGAUUCACUGCUUUGUAUCGAUUGAGAACCUCUUUCGAUAGAGGGAGUCUAGUUCAGAACGCCUUGAUCAGUUGUUCUAGAGAAGGAUACGUCCCUCUAGGCAAUUGACUCAAGAGGGCCUUGUUCCUUUAGUCGAGACUCAAGGUCUAGUCAAGGAUUCUCCGCAUUGUGAAUGAAAGUGAAACAAGUUAGAAAUCAUCAAUCGUUAGUCUGGCUAGUGGCUAGGGGGAAUCAUACCUAAGUGAGUUCCCAACCUGUAAUUAGAUUAACUUUAACUGUAGUUUGCUAGAGUAGUUUUAGUUCUUUCAUCUUGAUCUGGUUUGCUAAAUAAUAAACUGAAGCUGAGUAAUAGUAACUCUAGAGACCCGUGGAUUCGAUAUUUAUCACUUGAGCCACUAUACUGCAGUCCCUUCCAUUGGUUACGCUUGGCCAUUGUUAGGUGUUGUGUCAUAGCGAGUCAAGUUUUUCGCGCCGUUGCCGGGGACUUUCUAGAGUAUUAGGAAAAGCAGAAGUUUGUUACUUUAGCUUUUUUCUUUUCUUUUCUUUUCUUUUCCACCCUUGCUUUUCACUUGGGUGUUUUUGUUUUUGUUGGUGCAGAUCUGAAUCAUGGAUCCUCAUGGCUUCUCCAACAAUUGGGGGUAUCCACCACCAUCCGGGUGGUAUUACCCCGAGACUCCCUGGAGCAAUCAAGGAGGAGAAGACUAUGGAUUCGGGUUCCAGUACCAACCCCCUUACUACUGAGAACAACCGGACCCCUGGGCAUAUCAAGAACAACCUCAUUACCAAGAAGAAAUUCUCCCACAACCAGAAGGGCCAUCGGCGCUGGAGUUACCCAUGGCGGCGUUCACGGGCUAUUCUGCAGAGCCAUGCUACACUCCACAGCCAGAUCCAACCUACGAAUUGAGGCUUCUCAUGGAGAGAUCAUGCUCCAGGAUGGAUCAUUGUGUCCAGGCCUUUCAUGAAACAGAGGAGAUCCUCCUGAGCCUUAAGAAGAGUGUCGAUGAUCUUGAGCGAUCUUGGGAACAACCUGCUCCAGAUCACCCUUCUGCUACCAUACAAGAAGAGGAGGAGGAGGAAGAAGGCUACAAGGACAUUGUGGAGCACACUGAAGUUGUCACGGAGAGCUCCCGUGAUGAUCAUGAUCAGGAGUGUCAUGUCGUAGCCGACCACACCUUCCCACACCCCAAACUGAGCUUUGAAGAGGCGGGCAUGAGUGAGGAGAUGCAAGAAGAUCUCAUGAAAGAAAUUGCUUGGCAACUUGCUCUCCAAUCCGUGCUAGAAGAAGAAGAGCAAGAAAGGGUGCAGAAAGAAGUUGUGGAGGAUGACGAAAGUGAAGCUGGAGGAGUUCUUGAUCAUUUUCCAGGGGUGAUACCACAUGAAGAAGGAAGGGAGGUUGAAGAAGCAAUUGGCGUCCAGGAUGAGGACGAAGUUGAGGUGGAAGAGGCUUGCACCGGCCAUGAGUUGCAAGUGAUAUCCCCACCAAACUUUGAGGAACUGCUUAGCAAGGACCCAUUUGCAGUGUUUCUUUGCCGGACCAAAGCCACAUCGAAAUCGGUCCCUCUUGGUGGACGCGAUGGUGGCCAAUCGAUGCUGUCAUAUCUGGUUUGGGGCAAUGUGACGAGAGAAGAAAAGAAGAGGUCUCGAGGGUGGAGACUUCAUCUGCAUCAAGUACAUGAGUCUUCAUCACCUGUCACACCACAUGCUCGUGACUUGAGACUCCACCUCAUCGACGAGAACCUCAACUUCAAGGAGGUUCUAGCAUGGACCGAAACUUAGGAGCCAUCGUCUGGCUCACGACGUGAAAGAAGCGCUUGUUGGGAGGCAACCCAACCAGUCGGUUUGCAUUUCUUUCUCUAUUUCUCCUCGGUUGAGUCAGUUUUGUUAUUUGAUUUUAGAGUCAAUAACUCAACCUUUGUGAGAUUUUGUGUGGUGUUUGUGUUCUGAUUACUCUCUCUUUCUGGAAUGCACCGCUUGACCCGUUCAUCAUCAUUCACCCUUGAUCUGGUAACUUCGUUCUACCCUCCUUAUCUUUCCUCCAUUGAGGACAAUGUCGUGCUUAAGUGUGGGGGGAUGUUCGAUUAUUUAUGCGGGUGAAUGUUUGGCUGUUUGUGUGCUUGGAGCCUAGUCCACUGUCCAAAUUUUUAAAUUUGAGGGCUCCAAGUACGUGUUCCUUGCAAUUGCCUGCUCAGUAUGCUUUGAAUUGACAGUCUUUAUAGUAAUAUGCAACCUAGGGAGGUAGUGUAGCACUAUGGAGGAUGUUGAUGCAUUUAAGAAAUCUCAUUUCUUCUUCAUAUUGUGUUGGUUGAUUGAGUGAAUUAGUGAUCUUAGGACCCUUGAAUUGUGUGGUGUUGUGGAUUCUCUGCCUGUCAUGGACUCUUGUAUCAUGCUUUGAAAAUAACAGGUGCUCGAAAAUGUGCUUCAAAAUAACGUCUCCCGUGCGAAUAGGGCGAAAGUGUGUAAGGGGAGACGGGAAUCCGUUCCCAAUUUCCACCUACUACCUCCAGCCCCCUUAAAUGUCUUUCCCCCGCACGAGGCUUGAGACAUCCGCUCCUGGCAUGGCCGGUAAGAGCCGGUUGGGACCCUUGAAAAAAGAAAAAAAAAUAACAGAAAACAAGCAAAACAGAAAGAAAAGGGGUUCCAACCAUCUUCAAGAAGAAAAUAGAGCACCUUGAAAAAUGUGAGUCCAUGAUCCUUUGUUUUUGAGAAUCUCUUCAUCCACAAUUCAUUUGUCCUCUAUUCACUAUUUGCCAUGAUGCCGACUCGAUAAUAGUGCUCUCGCCGAAGAAGCUAUGAGAUGACUUGUGCGUCGGUUGACCUCGUAAGUUGCUAAAUGAUCUAGGAAGUCCUCUACCUACGAUCUGGGUUGUUUGUUGCUAUAGAGGUCUGGAGAGUUGCAUUGGUUUGAGUUAGGUUUGCUUGGGGACAAGCAAACGGUUAAGAGUGGGGGAGUUUGAUAACGAUGUAAUUGCACAUAUUUGCGCCCCUAGUUCUUAUCCGUUUGAGGGGCAUAGUCGUGUGUUUUUUGCCUAUUUUAUGCCGGGUUGUGCUAUUUUGUCAUGUUUCAGGUUCCAGGUGUAAAAGGGAAGGCUAAGCACGAGUUUCGGGGCAUUCAAAAGUCAUUUCGGUGAAACUGAGCCAAAACACGGGCACACCUAAUUCAUUACACGGCCGUGUUCUCCCAAAGCACGGCCGUGUUCUCUCCAAAACACGGCCGUGUUCUGUGGCCGUGCUUUUACUGCCGAGAGCUAAUUCAAGUUUGGCAAACAUGAGCUGAUUACACGGGCUGAAAGCACGGCCGUGUUCUCCCAAAGCACGGUCGUGUUCUCUCCAAAGCAAGACCGUGUUUCUCCCAAUGCACUGGCCGUGUAAUUAACCCUAGCCAAAGCACGGGCGGGCUGAGGCAUUACACGGUCGUGCCCUCGACCGUGCUUUGGCCACUGAUGCCCUUUUUAAGCAGAUUUUCAGCCAAAAGGAACCAGAGGAGCUGGGUUUUGGAUCCCAAACAUCCAAGGGACGAACCAAAGAGAGAGAGGGCGAUUUGAGGGCAUUCUUGGAGUGGAAUUGGAGGAUUUCUUUGCCUUGGAAGCUCGAGGAAAAAGCCCAGACUUGAAGACUGAUCAUCUGGAGAUUCUUACUGCAGUCUCUCUCUUCUCUAUGGAGUAACUUCCCUUCACUUAGGUUUUGAGGAACCCUAGCUAUGUUUGUUUGAUUGGAUGAUUGUAUGAGUACUCUGACUUGAUUAUCUUGAGUUCAUAUUCAAUCUAUGCAUGUUUUCAUGAUUCAAUUCUGCUUUAGUCGAGAUUAUUGAUUCUGCUUUGAUCCUAUGAGAGGGAAUACCUGAUUAGGUCAAUAGAGCACCAUAGAUUGAUAGUAGUGGAUCGAUUGCUUUAGUCGAGGGUUGAUUCACUGCUUUGUAUCGAUUGAGAACCUCUUUCGAUAGAGGGAGUCUAGUUCAGAACGCCUUGAUCAGUUGUUCUAGAGAAGGAUACGUCCCUAUAGGCAAUUGACUCAAGAGGGCCUUGUUCCUUUAGUCGAGACUCAAGGUCUAGUCAAGGAUUCUCCGCAUUGUGAAUGAAAGUGAAACAAGUUAGAAAUCAUCAAUCGUUAGUCUGGCUAGUGGCUAGGGGGAAUCAUACCUAAGUGAGUUCCCAACCUGUAAUUAGAUUAACUUUAACUGUAGUUUGCUAGAGUAGUUUUAGUUCUUUCAUCUUGAUCUGGUUUGCUAAAUAAUAAACUGAAGCUGAGUAAUAGUAACUCUAGAGACCCGUGGAUUCGAUAUUUAUCACUUGAGCCACUAUACUGUAGUCCCUUCCAUUGGUUACGCUUGGCCAUUGUUAGGUGUUGUGUCAUAGCGAGUCAAAGAUCGAAAUCCCAGUCUUGUAGUAUUAGACCAGACAUGGGGGUCCUACUCGAUCAAUCCUCAUUCAAUUUAACGGCGUGGCGCCUCAAAGGAGAAAUCCAUAGGGUCCUUGUCUCCCAUUAGUUCGGGUAAAUACUUCGACCCAAGGUGGGAUAACAAAAUACGAAAUCGACAUCUUUUAAGUUGGCGAGUAAUGAGGGAUACGUGACUAUAAAACCUAGGGGGAGCUUAUACCCGAUUGUUGGUUAUACUUGCCCAUCGAUUUUGAAGUUUUAGUUAGAGCCAACCGACAUCUAUUUUCAGAGAAUUGUAUAUUCAAAACGUUAAUAAAGCAUUAAUAUCUACCAAAUUUUUAGAUAAAUAUAUACAUCCAGAUCAAUAUACACAACACCUCUUUUUUUCAACUUCAAUGUAUACAUAAAAUAAUAUAUUUUAAUUGCCCAUUCAAACUAUUUGUCACCAAUUUUAUACAUAAAAUUAUCUAAACUUACUUUGUUUAUUAAAUUUUAUUUACAAAAUAAAAUAAUAAAAGUACAUGUAUUCUCCUACUGCCGCAACCCCUAAGUUUUCCCAAAUGGUAUCCUAGUUCUCCAUCCCACCGUUUUACUGUUUCUCAUCAUCAUCCUAUUUUAUCUAUUCAUUGACCGUCAAUUUUUUGUUCCCAUACACCAAAAGGGUAUUGUCUACAAAAUUUCAGGAUUCUAAUACAAAAUUUUCUUGUACCAAUCCAAACAAUUUCUAAAUCAGUGGCCACCUCAAUAAUCUCAUGGAAUCUAUCUCUUCCAAUCUAGUCAUAAGCUCUUAAUCCGGUUGAGUUCACAUCACAUGUAAAGAACCUAAAUUCUAUAGAGUCUUAGUCAAUCUCUGGUGAUUGGCGGAUAAUUAGUUUUUGAUUGGAGCCCUACAAAGAGCUUGUACUAUCAUCAAUUAUUCUUCAUCCAUACUCUCACCACCACAUGUAUGCCUCUCUCUAAGUGAAACAACUGCUCAUUGUCUUUCGAUCGCAUAUAUUAAUUGACGAAUGUUUUUCGAAUUCCUCCAAGUUCAUAUUUUUUGAUGUUGAUGUCUCUUUUCUAAACAUAAGAAAUAAAUAAAUAUUUGUGAAGACAAAGUACUCUUCCUACUUUCGUUCUCGUUGCAGAAUAUAUGAAAUGGGCAACAACUUUAUCAUUCCACUGUCAUAUGUUUUGUAUAUUUAGCUAGAUACAAUAAAUAUGUUUAGUGUACUUGGUUAUGCCUCUAUGUAUAUUUGAAAGUUCAUAGUUCAAAUCCCAACAUUUCUCUAUUUUUCUAUAGAUAAGAAAUAAUUGAUAUUGUGAAGAAAAAAACAUAAGUCCUACUUUCGCUCUCGCUAUAGGAAAUUUCGAAAUGAGACACCAAUUUUCUCAUUAGACUAUUAUAUAUUCUAUAGAGAUAAUGACAAAUAUAGCCAUAUUUAAGAGGUUUAUUGGACAAAUAUAGUUGUUUUUGUUAGUAAUGUAAUGUAAUGAAGUUAAAUGUGUCGUUAAAAAUUAACCGCAAGUUGAAGUGGACGCCUCUCCAACUACAAUUUUAUCUCCAAAUCGACAUUUCACACCACAUGUUGCCCACAUCAAAUUAGUAAAAAAAGUUUUAAUUUUAAUUUUUCCUAUUUUAUUUUUACUUCCUUCUGCUCCUUCUAAUGAAAAGACCUCCAUUUAUAUAUGUCAUCCUUCAUCUUCAUCAUCAGCGUCGCUUAAAUCAAAAUCCACAAAAUCUUAAAUCCAAUGAAACCAUUUUCUUAUUUAUCUGUUCUGAUUGCUCCACAAACAGGUCAUCUUAUCUUCUCAAUAAACACCAACCCCAUCUUCUUAUCGACACGUUCUUCUUCCCUUUGUUUCCAACCAAUCAAGCAAUCACUGAAGCUUUUCUUGUCAAACCAAUCAAAAUUCACCCAAUCAAAAUCACAUCGAAGCUUUUCUUUGGUUCCCCCAAUUGAGCUAGCGUAUGGAGAUUUCAAAUUCUAUAUAGGAAUUGAGAUUUAGAUUAGGUCGGUUCAGUACUAAUUCCUCGUUACUGACCUUGUCUCUCUCUCUUUCUCUCUUCCUUCAAUUAGCUCGAAGCUCUAUUGAGAUUCCCAAAUAUAAUCUCGUUAAAAAUAACAUGGUUUGCAAAUCUUAACCUCUAGAAGCAAACGACUUUGUUCUAUCGAAGUCUUGUAUAUCUAAAUAAAGAAAUUGAAUCAUGGUGAAGGGAUAAUAUAAUUUCAGAAAAUUUGAGUUGAAGGGUGCUCGUGAAUAAUUUAGCAAGAUGUUAAAAUGUAUUAAGAGUGCUCGUGCAACUUGCUUCAUGUUUUGUGUUUUGUCGGCAUCGAUUAAGUCGCCGUUUGGAGCAUGCUAUUCUAUCUACGUCAUUACCUUACCGGCAUAGCAUUUUCAUGUGUUAUAUUGUUCCAAUGUGAAACUAGAUGAGAACCGACAUAGAUUUGGAUUUUGAUUGACGAUGAGAGAUGGAGAAGUAGUGAAAAAGGGUAAAAAGGGGUUGGAAGAAGACGUCAUGUGACCAUUCAUUUGUCAUCUCUAUUUUUUUUAAAGCAAAAUAUAUUCUUUUUUCUCUCCCUUUUUUACUUAUGUUACUUAGAAUACAAAUGUUGAAAAUCGCAAGUUGUCAAGUUAACAAAAAAAUGUCCCAUCAGUAUAAUUCUUUAUAUUUGUCAUAAAAAUGACUAUAUUUGUCACAAAACUCCAUGUUUUAGUUACACAUAUGUAUUCUCUCUAAAUAAAUAUUUAAUAUUUAAUGUUCGAAACAAUGUUACUUCAGUUCUGAUAUCAGAAUUAAUGUCUUUCAGUGAGAUAUAGAUAACUUUCAGGUAAAAUAUAAAUACGAAAGCGUCAACACCAAAUAUGUUUCUAAAGUUUAAUCAAAGAAAUUACAAUUAAUCCAAUUUAGCCUAGUUGGUUGUAGUAUUUUCUUCAUUUAGGUGACUAAUAGUUCAAAUCUCAAUAAUAAAUUUUUUUAUAUAGAGAAAAUUGGGUAAAAGUAACUUUUGUAGAAUUACUUUCAUAUCACAAAAUUUGAAAGGAAGGUUGCUGUUUUCCAUCCCACUAAUAUUAGAGAUGUAGAUCAAUUUGAGAUAGUGAUGAAUUACACCCAUUUCUAGUAUAAAUAGAAAAAGAGUAAUUGCACCCACAAUCCAGUGAUCAUUGCCAUGGACUCUAUUAAUGUUCCUCGUGUACGAAGCUUGGAACCAAAGCAAUAACCACGAUCCAAUUCUCCAGUUCUAGAAAGAAAAAGAACCGAACUUUCCCAUUUUCCAACCCCCCCCCCCCCCCCCCCCCCCCCCCCCCCCCCCCCCCUCGUUUUGUCUUCUUCUUUUGGAAAAUGGUAACGGCAAUUAUGCUAACAUAAUAGCUUUUUAGCCGCCCCAACCGACUCAAAUCAGAAAAUCAUCAUAAGGAAAACAUAAAGAAGAUUACAGAGCUACAAAGUGGGUUGGUGAAAAGUUGUCAUGAUGCAACUCAGAGCACUCCUCAACUCGACUCUUUCCGGCCAACAGUCCAUUUCCAUUUUAUCUUCCCAAUUCAGGAUUUCUGUUUAAGAGCGGCGCCAACCACAAUUGAUAGGACUUAGUUCGUUCAUGUCCAAGUACGAGAAGACCCACAAGCUUCGUUGGAUCUCGAUAAAUAAAACAAAUGGUUUAGAAAUCGAAAUUUAUUGUUCAGCCGGAUCGAAAAUAUCGGAUAUCAAAAUUCAAAUAGUAAGGGAGUUUAAAUUAUGAAAUAUGGAUCACGAACUACAAGUUUAUUACAAAAUAUCAUACAAUUGAAUUUUCUGAUAUAGCCAUUGGCAGGGCUGUCUCUUGGAGUGUGUUGGGAGGCCCUACCCUACCGCACAUGACCUUCAAAUUAUAGGGGCCUCCUGAGUCCCGAGUCUCUAUCAUGUAUAUAGCUAAUUAUAAUUAGAGUAAAUACAAGUUACUAAUCAGAUCUUUCAAUUUUUUUCUUUUGAAAUAUAUAUAUAAUAUAUAUAAUUAGACAAAUGCUUUGUAAAGCAUAAAAAUAAUAGUCAUUUGUCUAUUUUCGUCAAUAAUUUUGUAACUCUUUUUUAAUUAAAAUACUAAAUUUUUAAAUUUUUGACGGCCACGUGUUGUUAAAUAAGCGUUACUAACAAAAUUUCUAACUGGGUUUGGCUAAUAUUUUGUAUUUCGAAAGUUUGACAAAUAAUUUGAAAACAAAUUAACUACAUUAGGGGAAAACUUUUGUUUUGAUUUUUUUAUUCGAUCACCUAUUCAUGUGAGUCCGUUUAAUUUCUUAAAAUUCCACUUUGCUAUGGUGACUUGCAAGUCACCGUAACUUGGACAAAAUGGUCGACCUGUUCACUAAUGAGGCCGACCUAUUUGGACAAAACGGUCGACCUGUUCACUGAUGAGGUCGACCUAUUUGGACAAAACAGUCGACCUGUUCACUGAUGAGGUCGGCCUAUUUGGACAAAACAGUCGACCUCUUCACUGAUAUGAUCGACAUAUUUGGACAAAAUGGUCGACCUCACUAUUGAAAUGGUCAACCAGAUAUACUAUUUUUCAUUUGAUGUGUUCAACAAACGACCAUUUUUUUUUUAUAUAGUGACUUUUAGUGGAAGAAAAUAGUGGUGGAGAAGUGACCAAUUGGCUAGAUAACAACAACGUGAGAAGUGACCUAGGGUAUCGAAACCCGUGGAAUACGUCCUUGGCUGCCACUAUAUUAGCAAUGCCAUUUCGUACAUUAAUUGGCACGGAAUGGGGUAGUUAGUUAGGUUGUGAAAACAAUUGACAUGACUCUCACGGGUUUUAACCAAUAGCACUAAAACUUUGAAUAAAAGUAAAGAUAUAUGUGAGGCCAUUUUUUAAGCGAGGUAAGAAAUAUUUGGAAGUGGAGAAGAUAAAAGGAUUAAUAUGAACACAUUUGGAAUAAUCACUAAAAAUGGAAUAUACGGUUAAUAGAUAAAAUGAUUGUUAUAAUUUCCAUUUGAAUUUUUUUUUUUUAUGAAUUAGGUGCUUUCCAUUUCAUCAAAAGAAAAGGGGUGCUGGGAACAACCUUCCCAGCUAGGUUCACCCAUUCAACUGGGCAUACAGCACAAAACCUCAAAGAAAACCAAAACUGUUACCUAUUUCUCCUUAGAAUAAAGCUAGCUAAUCAGCAAGAAUUGUCAUCACCUGAGAUCCAGAAUUUUGCAGCUUCUACCUCCUGCAACAACACCAAUACUUCACUUCGGAUUACCUUCCUCAAACCCUCAAAACAUCGACUCUUCCCUUCAUAUAGCUAACUAGCACUUUGCCCGGCCGGUUGGCCGGGUGUGUUUAUUGCAUUUAUGGUCCGCUUUGGUGUCCUUUUAGCCCGUUUGUUUGUAGUAAAUAGUUGUGAAUUCGCUUUUUCUUUUCACAAUAUUGUAUUUUCAGUGAUGUUAGUGGCAACUGGCAACCUUAAUUUGUGGUUGAAACGUUGAUGUCAUAAGAUCCAUUUUUCCUAUUCCUCUUUAUUCACCCAGCCUUCUGGAGGUUUUUCCCAUAUAUUAUUCCACUCUGAUCUUUCCUCCUUCUCCAAAGUGUGAUGCGAUUUAAACUCUUCUCAGUAGGUGAAAGCUUGACUCGGAAGACCCACUGAAUCGUCCCGACCCGUCCCGUCCAAAGUGUGAUGCGAUUUAAACUCUUCUCAGUAGGUGAAAGCUUGACCCGGAAGACCCACUGACCCGUCCCGUCCAAAGUGUGAUGCGAUUUAAACUCUUCUCAGUAGGUGAAAGCUUGACCCGGAAGACCCACUGACCCGUCCCGACCCGUCCCUAAGGAUCGGGACGGGUCAGUUUGUCUACGGGGACAGAUUAGGGACGGGUCACUUGUUGACCCUGUAAGGGUCAAGACGGGUAGGGACAACUUAGGGACGGGUCAGGUUUUGACCCUGUGACCCUUAACAACAACAAAUAUCUCACACCGCAUUGGACCUUUUUGUAAAGUUUUAAAAGUUUAGGUACUAAUUUGUAAAAAUAAAAAAAUUUGGGUACUAAAACGUAAUUUUACCUCCAAAAUUUAUGGACUUAUUUGUAAAAAAAUAAAUUUUAGGUACUAAAUUGCAAGGAAAAAUAAUUUUGGCUACCAAAACGUAAUUUGUAAAAAAGUUGUGUGUUGAUUAGGGUCGACCGACUGACCCGGCCAGUCCGGGCCCGUCCCUUGAGGGUCAAACAAGGUCAAGAAGGAAACAGGGACGGGACGGGUCAGUUAUACAUCUUGACCCUUCAGGGAUGGGCCAGACAGGGUCAGGGACGGGACAGAGACGGGACAGACAAAUUUUCAGCCCUACUUAGUAGUUUAGGGCACGACCAAUGAUUUCCCAUUUCUCCGCUUGUUUCUUAUUGAACAUCUGAUUAUUUCGUUCAUUCCAGAUCGACCACAAAAUGAUGCUUAGUUUCUCUAGCAUUUCAUCCUCCGUUUGAUCCAUUACUGCACAUAGCCAGCUCCUAGAUGAUAUGUUAGGUUCUAGCUCAAAUAAUGGUAUGAACAUGGACGAUCUCCAAAUGCGAAUUGCCCACUGACAUUCCUUCAAUAUAUGAUUAUGGGUUUCCUCUAGAUUGCAGAAAGGGCAUUACACUGCCGCGUCUUUCUUUCUCAGCUCGAUGUUCUUUCCUGUUGGAAGAAUUUCAUGAGCUAGUCUCCUUAGGAAUAUUUUGACCUUUGGCCACCUAUUGAGUUUUUAAACAAUGCUAUCAUGAACUUUUUCCCACCUAUAGGAGUGCAAUUGUUCCACCUCAUCGCAGCAUCGCUGAGUGAGCUCCUUGUAGCUUGUAAGCAACCCUUGGGUGAUAAUUUUUUCUUUCUUGCUGCUUUGUUUAUUUUUGUUAUCAAUAAUGUUGAAUUGUUGGAUGAGCUUCAAUAAUAAAUCAUAUACACUUCA